AUGGUGGAACCAGCAGUUUCUGAUGUGGAUCCGUUGGGAGCCUUCUCUUACCUGUCUCAGUACCACUAUGGUCAGUUUCCAAACACAAUUAACCCAACAUAUCAGUUUGCUGUUAAACCAGAAGAAUUCUACACAUUACCUCCAAGUAGUACUUCUAAUAACACCAACUAUGAAAAUACAACUCCCACAGCUCAUAUACAAAGUGAGAAACAACAAGAUCCAAGUGUAAACUUUGAUAUAAAACCUUUUUUAAAAACCAAUGGCAAAGUUAAAAAAGAGAAAAAGAGUUUUAUUUCUCAAAAGAUUACCCAAGAAGGAUAUCCAUUCUAUGGCUGUGCUGUUUGUAAUAUAAGUUUUCCGACACUUAGAGAAUUAGAUUCACAUGUUGCAACACACAAGGGUAGAACAACAAGUUACGAUUUAAGAGUGAAGAAUGCAUUGAAAAAGAAAAGAUUAAAAAAGGAACAGAAAAAAUUAAAGAAAAUGAAAAAGGAGACAGUGCCUGAUAUUGAUAUUAAACCUGAAGAUGGUUAUAUUGGUAACGAGAAAGCGACAGAAUUUGGUUUGAACAACAAUGAUGUGAAAAACAAAAGUAAUCCAGAAGAACUAAAAACCCAAGAAAAGGCAACAGAAUCCACAAAUUUAGAAAAGAUUUAUAAAUGUUUUGCCUGUCAGAAACAGUUUAUAUUAAGUUAUUAUUUGAAGUUACAUGUUAGAUCACAUACAGAUGAAAAGCCAUACACCUGUGAACAAUGUGGGCAAUCCUUUAUAACGGCUAGCAAGCUCGGGCGACACAAUAAGAGGUUUCAUUUAUCUGUCCAAUAUCAGUGCAGAAUUUGUUAUAGAAAGUUUUACAGAUUUGAAAUCCUAACGCGACAUUUUGAUAAAAAACACGCUGAAGACAAAUUAGAAGGUGAACCAUAUGAUUUCAAUGCAAUAUUACCAUACUUAAAAGAAUUAGAAGAACAACUACGCGAAAAACAAGAAAUGGAGAAAUCUAAGUCGAAAGAUGAUUUAUGGUCUAGCGAAUGGCCAAGUCCGACAGUAGAAAACGAGAAAGAAGAUAUUAAAGAGAGUAAAAAAGAAGUAGAAGAUACAAAUUUAGAAAUAGAAGUUGUUAAAGUGCCUAUGGAUGAUGUUGAAAUUAAAGAAGAAAUUGAGGAUGUUGAUUAUAAUUAUGAUGAUGCGGUUAAUGAUAAUGGAAUUAAUGGUGAUACAAAUAAUGAUGUGAAUGAGGCUAAUGAUAAUGAUAGAGACGACGCAAGUGUAAAUAAUGACGAUUCAGACGAGGAUUAUUUCCCAUCAAACACUUGGUUGAAACCAGAGGAGCCAUUAGAAAUAACAACGAACGGCGUCAAGUGUCCCGUGUGCGAUAAAAGUCUUAGUACGGCGUCGUACAUGCGCGUGCACAUGCGUACGCACACGGGCGAACGUCCGUUCAAAUGCUAUAUAUGUGAUAUGGGGUUCAUAACGGCGAGCAAAAUGCACAGGCACGUUUUGACGCAUCCGGAAUCGUUGAAAGAUGAAGUCAAAUCGGAAAAUGAUGCGAAAAACGUAAAGGAUGAUGAGGAUAAAGAGAAAGUGAAAAAGGCUGUCAAGAAAUUAUCGAAGAAAAUCAACGACAAGUCGAAGAAAUAUCGGAAGAGGCCGCACGCGUGUGAAUAUUGUCAUAAGAGAUUUUUGCAUCUUCAUACAUUACAGAUCCAUAAAAAAUCCCAUGAAGGCGAAGAAAUUAAAUAUAGAUGCCACUACUGUCUUCUAGAAGUUGAGGAUGAAGAGAAUCUAAAGGUUCACGAAGGGAGCCAUACAGGACCAAAGCCCUACCAAUGUACUAUAUGUGAUAAGUUGUAUAAAAAGAGAGAGAGUAUGCUUUAUCAUAGAAAAAACCACAAGCCCGAACGGGAAUUCAUAUGCGAUAUAUGCACGAAAUCUUUUAACGCACAGUGCAAACUGCAAAGGCAUAUAAUAAGUCAUAGUGUGGACAAAUAUAUGUUGAAGUACGAGUGCCCUGUCUGUGCGCAUAUGUUUAAUACAAAAUAUCACGUGCAGAUGCAUUUGUCCACACAUCAGAGGGAGGGAGUGAUACAAGAGGAAAAUCGCAACGAAAUCCUGGCUAUGGUCUUACAAAACGCGCGUAGAAUUCCCCGCAAGGGCGAGACCCACAACUUGACUGACGUCAUACCGUCGGACGAGCGAAGCCGCGUGUGCAACAUAUGCGGCGAGGUGUUCCAGCACUUCUAUUACCUCGAGGAACACCUCAAAUCCCACGGCUCGAAGAUCGCGAUAGAGAACAUCGACAAAGAGGAGGAGAAGAAAUAUAUUUGUGAAGUUUGUAAUAAAGGUUUUAAAUUGCAUUAUUAUUUGAAAUUGCAUAGCUUUACCCACACAAAGGAGAAGCCAUUCAUUUGCCAGCAGUGCGGGAAGGGAUUCAUCACCAGAGGGAAGCUGAAGAGGCAUUUGGAGACCCAUACGGGUCUAAAGAAAUACCAAUGCCAUAUUUGUUGUAAGUUUUUUACGCGGCCUAGUUAUUUAAGGGUUCAUGUGAGGACUAUACAUGGUGCUCAGUUGGUGAGGUUGGGGCUUAGGACGUAA